AUGCCAAAUGAUGACUUACACAAUAACUGUCUACAAGAGGCAGAGGAAAAUGGUGAAAUCAAUGGUCAUCCAAGCCAAAAGAGACUCCUAGGAGAAAUUCGGAGAGAUGAAAGAAAACUUAUGGGGCAACCAAAAGAUAUUUUAUCAGACCUUCCCUCCCUCAGGAAGGGAAAAGAGCCUAUACUGGAGUUUAUAAAAGAUAAGAAAGAUACAAUCCAGUUAGACCUAGAAAAGGUCAUGGAAAAGUGGAAAGAGUAUUUCACUAGGCUGAUCUAUGACUUGAAAGUGGAUGGAAGGAACCGAGGAUACUCCAGGAAAAUCUGGCAGGAAGGUGUUAGGGAGGCAUUUGUGGCCAGGAUUCUGGAUUGGAAAAGGAGAAGGGAGCUGGGAAAGGACCGAGUACUAUGGAUCAAGCAGUACAGAAAGAAUCCUCACACUGCACCAGGUGGUAGAUGA